AUCACACCGUAUGUUUCCCUUGAAGUUGCAUGCUCCCGUUGAACAAAGAACGCUAUGUAAGAAAAAAAAAAAAACGAAGCAUACCGUCAGUUCUGGUACGGUAACCUGUUAACAGUUUAGUUCACCGAGGUUUUGUACGCGUAUUUUUUCCCGGGAAAAUUUCUCUAAUACCAUCUUGAUCGAUCGACCCUUAUUUCGGCGACCGAGCUCUUCAAUUACUUUUGAAAAUUAGAGGUGCACGCGACCACCUAGACAUGAAUGCGUUUGACUAAGUGGAAAUAUUUGACAAAGUUAUGGAGAUCGUUAGCACCGAAAUGCGGCUUUCGGGAGAUUACAGUGAGUACAGAUCUCCUACUUCCUCAAGAGAUGUGCCAGCAAGUGACAAUUGCGCAGAUGUAAAAUUAACAGAGCUGGAGCACCAACUAAUGACAGCGGAGACGAGAUGUGGUUCUCUCAAGUCACAAUUAGAUUACAUGAAGAUGCUUUACGAAGGGACCCAACCAGCAGCUAUAAACCCACGAGAGAUCCUAGACUAUUCUAUACUUCAGGAAACUUUUUAUGAGGACGAACAAGCGAAGGAUGUGAAAGAAGACAUACAUGAGAGUUAUGUAUCGCAAAUGUAUUUUCAAAGGAGUCCUGCCAGUACGGUUAAAGAAUCAGAGAGACUCACGUGUCCGGUUCAUACAAAGGGCCAUGAAUUUCUAGAAGAAAUCAAUAAAGCAAAAUUGAUUCUGAAAGAGAGCGAGGAACAGAUGAAGGUACAUUUCGAAAGUCCGACAGGGGAAGGAAUUCCAUUAGUUAUCGAUGAUCAUACUAACGAUGACAAUAAAGAAGAAUUAGAGAAGAGCCCCAGCGAUCAAUGUUUCUUGUCGAACACUUGGAAGGAAACUUUGGAUUUCAUCGAUACAACUCAUCGCACUGUAGUUUUAUCACCCAAACCAAUAACCACGACUGAUAAAAAUGAUAUUUGUAGAGAACUGGUUGACAAUGAUAUGGCAGGUUCGAGGCUCCCUUAUCAACAAUAUUUAACAGAGUACUCGAGAGGAUUGGAAAACGAAAUAGCAAACGUGGAGAAUAACGUAAUUCAGCUAGCUUCUGAAGGAAAGAAAGGCCAUACAUCCGAGUGUGCAUCCUCGAGAAAAGAAGGAAGGAGACAACAGCUCGUCCUAAAAAUAUCUGGAAGUGCGGAAAAUUCAAGGGGAACUCAAGAAACCAAACGCAAAAAAAUACUAAAGGCAGAAAAAAGACACAGAGCUACGAAUUGCGCGACGAUAAGUAAAAAGUCUUCCUUCGGCAAAAUAGACGAUACCGCGUCCAUGGCAUCGAAAAUAAGGAGAAAAAGAGGCAAAUUAAGGAGUGCUAACUCGAAAAGUACAAUAGCCACAAGGGACACCAACACCACGAUCAAACGAGAGCCCAUAAAACGCAAACAAAGAGGCCCCAGCACGAUAUCCUCCUUACAAUCUUCUCAAAGACAACCAGCAUUACCGAGAACCCAUCUGAAUUGGAGCGAAGUUGUUGAAAUUUAUCAUAAUCAAGCAGUAAAAAGUACAAGCAUGUCAUUGGUCUCUAGCAAACACUCCAAGAUCGAUCCACGUCACGGUGACACUUUACCAAAAAAUGACCCUCUGCCUAUUGAGCCUAUUGAGGAAUCUCGUAUUAAUUAUAAAAAACAAUCUAAACUCCAACCGAGUCCUAAGAAUCACUGCCAGCAAAAACCAGACACAGUGACUGGGCAAACAGCUUUGGUAGAGUGCCCUUUGUUAGAUCAAACGACUCUGCGGAAUGAUUUAGAAAAUCCUCAAAGUUCGUCCAUCCAAAAUGGUCCAAUGCAUUACGAUCCUGCCGCAGCAAGGAACUACGAACUCCCAACUGUGGCGUCGAAAUUAAAACGCGUAAAUCGGCCAUACUUUGGCGGUUUCAACUUCAGAAAUAUUCCCUUUGUAGUGGGUACUUCCAUUUCCCCCAGCCACAAUCUAGGACUUAAUAUCCAACAGGUCCUUAGCAUUAUGAAAACUAGACAACCUUUGGUUAGUGGAAUCACUCCGCUACUUAUACGAAAAGUUAGCAAAGGAAUGAAACCGAUGAGCAUGCUACUCGAUCAGAUGAACCGAUGUAAUAAUUCAGUAAUGAUGCCAAUCGAACUAGGCGACUCGAACGCUUUAAAAACAACGAAUAAUCCUAAUGCACAAAUAUUAGAGAUACCUAUAAAAGAAACUUUGCCUCAGUUGAAGAGUAAGGAACAAAGCAAUGGAUACACUAAUACUACACGAGAAACGGUAAGUUACUUGCGACCUAUGCAAUUUACUUCAUGGAAAAGCAUCGGAAGUUACUCUACUAAGACUCCAAAUGGCUCGCCGAAUCAACGACAAGAGGAAUUAAAUACUAGCAAUGGACGAAACAUCAAGAAUCAAAAUGGAUUGCAAAAUACCAAAGAAAUUCAAGCCGUACUAAUAAACCUCUAUAAUCAGUUCGAAGAGAUGAACACGAGAUACGAGAAUCUUCAAGAGCAAGUCGAAAGAUCUAAUAACAGAACCUUAGCAAAAGAAUUAGCAGAUCUAGAAAAACAGCUGAUUGCCAAGGAGGAAGAAAUUAACGCAUUUGUCAGUUUAUACAAAGAGGUCAUGGCCCUAAAACAGCAAAUCGAAACGCUACACCAGAGAAACAGUUUCGUAUAUAUUGCAACGAAUAGUGCAACAGGUCCCCCUGCAUGUCAAUGUCACUCACCGAUCACACGAAGAUCAAAUUAUAAAAGAGCUUACCCAGCACACAAGGGGAACACAACCAGUCAAUCUUCUCGAGAACUUUCGACAGCCACUCGCUUGACUGCUCUUCUGAGGCAAAUACAGAUGUUUCAAAAGCAACUAACGCUUUCAACUUAAUUUAACAAUCCUCAUCAAUCAGCCAAUACGAACAUGCAAUGUAUAUGCUAUCGAUCUUCCAAAAUACUACCCGAAUAAGUACCAUAUACUUUCUCUAAUAAAGUAAUGAAUAUGGAAAUGAUUUUUGAAAUGUUCUAUGUUAACUAAAGGCCCGAAUUUGCAAAAAUUCUUUUCAUACUUUUUAACCUCAAAAUAUUCCCCUACUACUCACAGUAUGACGACUAAACCUCUAGUUACCAAAAUUGACCUUUUCACCACAAU